GUUGCUGUAGCGCUGUACUGUAGAUACAAUUUCUAAUUCAAGAAAAAAAUAGACUUGUUAUCGCAGAUUAUUUUUAAUGGUUUGGCCAUAGUGUUUAAAACAACUGUAAUCAGUUCAAGGAGGUCUUGUGAAGGCAGAUUAAAAGGGAACUGGACCAGUCGAAAUGGAAUAAAUAAAUGAAUGCAUGAAUAAUCAGCUCCAUUUCAGCUGGAGACGUUGAGGUUAGCAGUGUUCCUCAUCUGUCUGAAUCUGAAACAAAGCAGACGAUGUCCUUGAUGGUCAACACUGAAAGAGUCUAGAGGUCUGUGGAGAUGCCUCAGAUUAACACAGUGAGAAAAGAAACUAAAACUUUUAUUUUCAGGACAAAGCCAGCUGCAUUCAUUCAGCUGGAAGGUCCUUGAUGUGUGUAGUUAGCUGGAACAAGCUCCCCAGACAUGUUUCCUCUGUCUGUAAAGCGUUUUAUCCAUAAACCUCUAACAAAUCACCCAUUGAGUCUAUACUAAAGUAAAUAUUUCAGGUUUCCUUUGCUAAAUAUUGAAAUGAAUUGCAUAAACACCAUGAAAGCCAUUUCAUGCUCGUUACUUUGUGUGGCUGUGUUUUGUAUGCAUGAGAUGUCCUUAAAAAACUAGUGUGUUUGUUUGUGUGGGGAAAUUUAUUUUAUUUUCAGAACAGUUUAGCCAGUUAAAUCAGCAAAUAAAGGAUGGCCCUUCAGCAGACACCCGACGGCCUGGCCUGUGGCACCGAAGGCUGACCACAUUCCAGCCUUGUGCACGUGAUAGCAAAAAGAUACAUUGCAAUUAGCACCAGUCAUUUUACCAUCAGCUGGUUUCCAUCACUGUGUCUGGUGCCUUCAUGAACAGCACAGAGUGUGGGUCAUCUGCGUAUUCCAAUAAUAUUUAGUAUCCCUCAUCUUAAAUAUUACCAAGUCAUACUUUUUUGCCAUUUUUGCAACUUUAUUUUUAUUUUUUUGAAUCAUGCUAUUUUUUUGAUGUAGCGUGUCAGUCAGAAGCUUUUGUUAGGAGAGCAUGAACUUUUUGCUGUUUGCUUUGGUUUUAUUUAAAGUUGUUUGCCCAACAGUCUUUAUUUAGUAAAAAUCAAUUAGUUCUUCGUGUUCUUCACUUGUUUUAGGCUUUACAUUAUGACCAAUACCAGGAUAAUUACAUUUCCAUUAAAAGCCUGGUCAGCCUUAUUGUGCCAGGAAUUAUUCAGCACAGGUGGGUUUGUCAUCUCUGCUGUACAUCUGAGUUCCUCAUCAUCUAACAUAAGCAUCUAACAAAUUUUAUAUUGUGUUUUUUUAUGGUUGAAACUAGUUUAUUUGGGGGGAAACCCACAUUUUACUCUGACACAUGUCAAAUAUUUAUUAAGGUGUGUAAAAGUGGAAAAUCCCUGAAAACUCAAGUUUACUUGUUGUUUUAUUAAAUUCUCCACUCGGGAACAAAUUUGUAAAACAGUCUUGUGGAAGGUAUAACUGGUCCUAAGAGGGUGCCACAUCAUGUGUUUCUCCCAGAACAGCUUAAUGGAUUGAUUGAACAUUUUGUAAUUGAAUUUUCAUUAUUUAUGAUAAUGCGGCAGCUGCUGUGGUUCUGGUGCAGUGUGUAACAGAUGGCCCUGUGCAAGGAAAACACCAAUGUUUUUUACAAGCCUUAGGGUUUUAAAUGGAGGAGCUUUGUUUUGACCUAGUAUAUGUAGAUAUCUCCUGGAGAAUAUUAUAGAGUAUUUGGGGCUCUUUAAUGAUUAUUAGAGUAGGCAAUCCAGAAGGUUUUUCAAAUUAAAAAACUAUGUGCCAUUAAAGUCUAAAUGUUUAAGUUUCAGCAUCACGUAUGUUCGUAAAGGCUAAUUUGCUAUGGAAGCACACAAGUGAUUGAUCCUUACUGCCGUGUAUAAUGUAAGUGACAUCUAGGCUUUACUGGGGCCCCGGACUCUAUUUCUGACACACUGUUUUGGUUUCCUGGGUUGCAGCUUGUCAUGUGUUAUUAUGGGUAUGUUACGUUUGGCCAGCACCCGAAAAGUUAGGUUUGUGGUAAAGGUCAUCGUAGAAUUAAAACAUUCUUGGCAUACCUGCAUAUCUUUAGCCAAAUCUAUAGGCUAUAAAACAUGUUCAAUAGAAACAGAAUAAAAUAGUAAAAUUAAGCAUUUCUAUUGCCUUUUUACCGGUAUUGGAAAGGUCUGUCAGGUGUAAACCUCUAUUUCUGCUUGCAUGCAGCAUAGUAUUUACACACAAACACUGGUCUCCUUAUAUACUUUACUAGGACUGACUUGGACCCAAAUUUUCCUUCAUGACUGCUUUAACGCUUCCUUUCAUAGAUUUAGGAAGGUGGUAGGUUUGUACAUUUUGUAGCAUCCUGCAGUUGCACAUCCAGUAUCCUGUUCCACCACAUUCCAGUUGUUCACAGUGCUUUGUUGAAUUGAUAUGUGUUUACUGUGGAGGCUAUUUGAGUACAGUAUGAGUCAUUGUCACAUUAAGGGAACUGGUUUAGGAUGAGUUUAAUUAUGUGACAGUGUUAUGGUGGCUGGAUGUAGGCAUCAGAUGAUGUGUUCAUAAGAGGGAGGAUAUACAAGUCUAAGGCUGUGGUAUUCAAACAAUGCUUAGUUAGUACUAAAGCCUCCAGCAUGUGCCAAGAAAUGAUCUCCCACACCUUUACUAAUAUUGAUGCUAAGCAACACAUAUUCAGGAUUUCUUGUCAAUUAUCCCUGGACGUUGCAGCAUAAAUCGAGACACUCCAGACCAGGAAAAACCUCUGUUUGCUCAGAGUUUUAUUGAUUUCUGUAGCCUCAAAUGCUUGUUCUUCGUUGACAGCUUUGGCAAAUGGUGUGGUCUUUCGCUGCUUUAGUCAAUCUGUUUUAAAGAUUGUGCUCUCAAAGAUUUACUGCUGCCCUUUUAUUAGCCAGUCUGGCCAGUUUUGUCUGACCUCUAACACCAACAAGGCAUUUCUGGCCCAGAGCAUUGCUGCUCGCAAACCGUGACGUUUCACACCAUACUCAUUCCUAAAGAUUGCCGCUGACAUUCACUUGAAACAUUUUGUGAUGCCAUUGUGAUGUUCUGUUUACUCCAGCAGAUUCUCUUGACUGACUUUGUGCCUAAAUGCAUUAACUUGCUGCCAUAAGAUGAACAAAGGAACCUAAUAAAUUAGAUAUACAUUUAGCUGUAAAUAGACAAAAAAGGCCAUUAUAUGCUUCAAAGUUUAUCAAGACAAACAAACUAUGUUGGACAAACAUUUUCAUAAAGUCUGGACAUACUCGUCUAAACCGGCCUUCGUCCAAAAUGGGAUUUUCAGAAUUCUCUUAAUUCCAGGCAAGCCCCUCCUGCAGAGAGAAGUGCUGCCAGCAGCCGUUCUCCACACUUUGUCUUCAUAUUGAUCUGCCUCUGGCCUCCAGAAAUGGAGAUUCCUAAAAGCCAGCCAUAGUCUAAUGGCAUUACUCAACACAGCACCCACCUCCCCCUCCUUUUUUCUUUCUUUCACUGUUAUCAAAUUAAAAGCUUUUCUAUGGAGGGUUGGUCUUGGCCUGCAGCCGUGGGGUACAGGCGUGGCAGCAAGCCGGGGAUGGAGUGAUACUGUGUGUGUCAAAUAGGCUUAUUGCUGGCUGAACCGGUGAACCAGGAAAAGGGUUAAAGUAGUCCGCAGACAAGUGGCCAUGCAGGAGUAUGAGCAAGGGAGUAAUGAGAGAAGGUGGGAGAACUGUCCCAGCUCUGAUAGGCAGCUGAAUAUGAUACUGGGGCAGGGGUAUAAUACCGAACUUUCAGGGAGCGGUCAUAGAUAGUGAGAGAAAGGAGCCAGGGGAGUGGCCUCAGAGUGGGGGUGUUAUAUGAUAUCAGUUCAUUCUUUGUUUUCUACCAGGCUGUUGUACAGCACAGGUGAGUGUGUAUGUUUCUGCUAAGUUCAUUUCUUUGUUGGUUUUAGGUUGGAUCAGAAUAUUAACCUUAACCUUGUCACGAAAAAACUUGGGGGCAAAACUAAAUGACCCGGACAGAAAGCGACAAGAUUCCUCAAGUGCUUUGGGAUUUUCCCCAAUUCCCACCUUACAGGCUGGAGCACAGAGAAGUGGGAGGGAGAAUAAUAGGAGGGAUGUAAAGGAGGUGGGAACAGUGGACACAAAAAGAAGCAGGACUUAAAAAAAAGAGAGUUAGUGUUAAGCACAGUUAAAGCAGGUGGUCAAGGGAGAGUGUUCAGAUAUGCUCUACAGUAGAAGUGAGUGGAGAGGCUCGAUUGGAUGAAGAGUGUGGGCCGGUUUUAACAUAGAUUCGAUGGUCAGUAUUCAGCAGUGCAAGCCUGCAGAUUUUCCAGCUUUGUUUCUUUGGCUGAUUCAAAAUGCUGAGAAGAGGAUGAAUCCUCCACAUCAUCUGAGACAUCCAUGUGUCUUUGCUGCUGUCCCUCCCCGACAGCUCUCUAGUCCCACUGGGGCGCCAUCUGCCUCCCCACGCUCCCUUCCUCGUCCCUUCCUGGGUCUGUUCCUCCUCCCCUGCCCCCAGUAGUGGCCACCCCUGAGGGAAGGAAAGGUGAGCCAGCCCCUGUAAAUAUGCCUGGAUGGAGGUCUCAGUGGCGUCUUGUCCUGUUGAACUCCCUGACCUGUGGCCUGGAGAUCUGUGUGGCAGCUGGGAUCACAUACGUGCCCCCACUGCUGCUGGAGGCUGGAGUGGAGGAGCGCUACAUGACCAUGGUGCUAGGCAUUGGUCCAGUGCUUGGUCUUCUGCUCAUCCCUGUGAUCGGCUCUGCCAGUGACCACUGCAACAGCAGCUAUGGCAGAAGGAGGCCUUUCAUCUGGCUGCUGUCUUUGGGAGUCCUUGUUGCACUUUUCAUCAUUCCCCACGCUGACGUCCUGGCUGCGCGUCUUGCCUGGGGCGGCCACACACUACAGGUGGGCUUCCUUAUUCUUGGUGUGGGGCUCCUCGACUUCUGCGGACAAGUGUGCUUCACACCGUUGGAGGCUCUGUUGUCAGACCUGUAUCGAGACGAGGAGGACUGCGGCCAAGCGUUUGCCAUGUUUUCUUUCAUGGUCAGCUUCGGAGGCUGCGUGGGUUACCUGCUUCCUUCUCUGGACUGGAGUCGCAGUCUGCUCUCUGUUUAUCUAGGGGGCCAAGCAGAGUGCCUCUUCUCGCUCCUCAUUAUCAUCUUCGUCUCCAGCGUGCUCAUCACCAUGAAGGUGUCCGAGGAACCCUCAUUUCCCAGCAGCGGGCUGGCCGGGCCCGGGUCUUUGCUGGAGUCGGGACCCGGUGCGAUGGAGGCCGGCCGCUAUGGCUUGCCACGCUCGUGCUGCUACCUGUUGAAGUGCAAGCUGCGACUGCUGAAGUCUGGGCCCCUGCUGUGCUUGCUGAGAACAUGCUGGUCCAUGACCCCAACCAUCUACAGGAGCUACUGCCAUGUGCCGUGGGUGAUGAGGCAGCUGUGUGUGGCUCAGCUCUGCAGCUGGGUGGCUGUCAUGUCUUUUAUGCUUUUUUACACGGACUUUGUGGGAGAAGGCCUGUACGGGGGCGUGCCCAGCGCGUUACCAGGAAGUCUGUCCAGGCAAAGAUACGAUGAAGGGAUCCGCAUGGGCAGCAUGGGUCUGUUCCUGCAGUGUGCUACCUCAACCUUCUUCUCCCUGGUCAUGAGCCGCUUGGUUCGCCAGUUCGGCUCACGGUGCGUCUACGUGAGCAGUAUGGUGAGCUUCACAGCCUCCACCUUGGUCAUCUGUCUGUCCAAAAGCGUCGUCUUGGUGACGGUGAUGGCGGCUCUAACUGGCUACGCGUACGCAGCGCUGCAGACUUUGCCUUACACACUUACCUGCCAGUACCACAAGGAAAAGGAGAUCUACAUGCCAAAAAGGAAAACCAAAAGCAUACAUAAGAAUGGGUUCACAACCAAGCGGGAUGCUGCGUAUGUGGAGCAGAAGGGGGGGCUGAGCCCCACCAACGGAAGCACGUACGGACAGGCUUUCUUCAGCCAGGACCCCUAUGAGUACUACCACAGUCCACACAACCAGGACGGCUCCCCCCACGGCGCCGGUGACUCCGAGCACGAGGAGGCAGACCUGGGAUACGAGAAGCGCGGUGUGGGCUUGGAUUUCGCCAUCCUGGACAGCACCUUCCUCCUCUCUCAGGUUUUUCCCACUCUCUUCAUGGGCAUGAUCGUUCAGUUCACGCAGUCCGUCACUGCCUACAUCGCCUGCUCCGCCAUCUUCGGUGCUGCCGCCAUCUACCUGGCCAGUGAAAUUGUAUUCGACCAAAAGGACCUCAAAAGCUGAGAGCUGGGUGGAAGUGAUGCGCGCGCGAUGAAAUCCCGACCAGUCGGGUUUCAUUGACGGUACUCAGAAAUGCACUACUGUUGCCAGGAAUGCCUUGCUUUCUGACCUUGCUUGCUUUUAUGAAAGCUCUGCUUUACGGGAGUGUGUGUCUCACGGUGGUAAGCGAAAGUAGCCAACAAAAGAAAAUGUCACAACAGCUGGGAUUCCUGCCAGUGCAGUUUUCCUGUUACACCUGAAGAGUAAACAGCCUCUGUGCUCAGGUCAGGUGUUGUACUCUCAUUAUUGAAUGCUGUUGAACUCUGCAGACAGACACCUGGAAGUUUUGCCCAUUUUCUUUCCUCAGGUACCACUAAACUCUUCAACCUCAGAUAAACAGCUACUAACUUUGUUUUGUUGUUGUUAUAUUAUCAUGACAUCUACACUAGUCUGUUAUUACUCAUACCACAUAAAAACAAUCUUAUAUGCCCUUCUUCUGCCCCUCUAUUGGCUCCUGUCUAGAUUAAGCACUGUGAGGCAUUCAAUUUACAUUAUUACCACCUGCUUAGGAUGGAAAAACACUUGAAGUUGUCCAACAAAGAUUUUAGUACUAGACCUUUGUGAAGUUGCAGCCCUUGUUUGAUUCUGGAUAAUCAGAAAAUAUAACAUUCAAUCUUUAACUGGGCACAUAAAAAUGCCAGAUCCUCCAUAUAUCAAUCAUAGAGCAUAAUAUUGUUUCCUAAAUGUUAAUACCGUCCAUCACAUUGGCUCUAGGUCAAACAUUUAAAGUCUCAUUAGUGACAAAUACCAGAAAAUAUGUUGCUACUGUUUCACAGGCUGCAUCUGUGAGUAAUAUGUGUAAACAUGACUACCCCUAAAAACAAAGGUGAAUGGUUUCUGUUAUUUUUGUUUCUUUCUAUCAUCUGUUUUUCUGUAAAUAUUUCUGAUACAGAUACCUUAUACACAUGUGGGAGUUUAGUUAUGCAACCUGUUGGAGAGAAGUCUUCAACUAUGGUUGUCUCUGAAUGAAAUCACUUACUAGGACUGGAAUACUAAGGGUCUCCUUCCUAACCUACAUAUAAUGGAGAAGAACCUGCGCUGGUGGACCUCUGCUACUGUCCAACUGUUUCUGAUCAGGAGUGUUGUCUCAGGUUACUGUCUCGUUUUACUGUCGCAUCCUGUGUUUUAUGCCACAGAGGGAAACAUUUUACAUGCUGUGUUUUAUUCUCAAACGACAAUCUAGGACGUUCAGAUGGUCUCGUUAUGUCACGCUGUGUGUAAACAGUCUGACAGGCAACUUCAUAGCAUUCAUUCCUGAAAUGACAAAAAAAGUCUUGCAGUAAAUGGAAAUAUUUGAUUUCUGAAAACGUAAAAGGAGGCGCUGCAUAUUGAUUGGCUUAAGGCCGAGUUAGGUGUGUGUAGCAUGUAGCAGGGAAGUAAUUAAUGGAGGAUCUGUCUUGCUGACACUACUGGUGAGUAGAAUGCCUAAACCGAGUUGUCCUUUUCACCCCACUACACACAGGAAGCACUGCCUAGCAGCAUGAAACGACGCAAAAGGGUUGUUUUUCAAGUGCCUGUACAUUUUUUCCAAAUGUUUUUGUACAUACAUAUAUUAAUUUAUUAUAAAAUAGCAUGUAUCAUUUGGCCUCUUGGUGCCCUCCAUGGGAGCAAAGCUGAAGGUUGUUUCUGUGAAAAGAUAAAUUAUUUGUAUAGAUGUGGUAUAGAAGCAUUCUCAGAGCUAUAAUUUAUUUGAACUAACCACUUUCUCCUGUAGCUUUGACACUGUCAGAUUAUCUCCGAUGUCUCCUGUCAGUAUGUAUCAAGGUAGCUGCAGAUGGGAAUAGUGAACGUUUCCACCUCCUGGUAAAUAUCUUAAUAUUCUGUAUAAGCUGAAAUUCUGUCACAAAACUGAGAUGCUUGGUGGUUUGUUUUUGGUUUCUUUCUGGUGCCAUUUGGUCAAUUUGUUUCUUCUUGUCAGACAUCUGUUGUAAUAAGAGAUAAAAGCCACAGAUAUUUUUACCUGGAGAGAGUUUACUGCACAAAAGUGCCAACUGUCAGAUUUACAACCAGAAGUCCGUAUAUUCUGAUGUGGUUUGUCAGGUUCCAUGUUUGUUUGCCAAAAGAUUUCAGUCUAUCGUAUGUCAUUUUGUCAUAAAAAAUGCAUUCAGCUGUAACAGAUGUAUUUUAUGUUCACCUGACUGUGUAUAAAUAUAUAUAUAUAUAUAUAUAUGCAGUUACCAAAUAGAUUUUAUACGAAAUAAAAGAGCUGCAUUAUCGGUGA